AUGCAGCGUAAAAUCGAUCUCUGGUUUCACUGCAGCGAUAAUCGUCGGCUGGCUCGAUUGUUCCGCGAGAUCCGUAAAAUUUUGAUCUUCUCCGGAACCCUCGACCCGGUCCGCACAACAGCAUGCCGAAAAUGUCCGCUUCAACUUCCGCCAACAUGUCCUGAAGAUUCCCAUAGCGGAGCGAAUGAAAGCAGCCAAGGUUUUUCUGUUCUGUUGAUUGUUGAUCGCUAUGGCCCAGGCUCUGGUCGGUCGGACGAUUUGGAAGAGAGACUGAAAAAGCUACCAGACAUCGGCUCUGAGAAAAUUCCCCUUCUAUUGGCCGGUGAGCGCGUGCAGUCGGUUCCGACCCAGGCCACACAGGAUCUGCACUUAUUAAAAUCGCCUAGUAGACCUUUGCAAACUCGGCUGGCGCUACUAUCCACAGAAACUGCCAGAGCAUAUCCCGCUGCGACUGGAACUAAUCAAACCUCCGUAAGUGCUGAGACAGAGGGAGGAUUUUUGAAGCGCUUCAUCAAAAAAAUGGGCUGGCUGGACAACUCUAAAGUCCGUCUGCGGAUGUCGAGCUGCUAUCUGUACGAAUCGGUAGCCGAUUGCGUUAACUACAACGAAUUCUUCACGUACUUCAAUAUGCCUAAUUCCUUCAACACCUGGUUCCUGAUAACCGAGCUGCAUGUGUGGAUGCUGCUGGUACGUGCCAUGGCCGAAGGACCGGAGAAGGAUGCUGCUGGUCGGUUCAUGCGUAACUGCAUAGUAGAAACAAUGUGGAAUGAUGUGACAACCCGGGCGAAGCAGCUAGCGGCUGAUAACCCGUCGGCUGUACGGCCACAAAUUCAACUUCUUUCAGAGCAAUUUCAGGCCACGCUGAUGGCUUACGACGAGGGCAUCAGCAGCGAUGACAAGGUGCUGUCGGGUGCCGUGUGGCGGAGGUUCUUCUCCAGUAGAUGCGAAGACUACGAGCAUCUGGAGCUACUAGUUAAGUACGUGAGGAGACAGAUGGAAAUGCUGGAUAAGACAGACCAUUACAAUUUUGCAAUCAAACCAACAGUGAAGUGGCGCCGUUGAUUGAAAAACCCGGAUUGUAGAGGCUGUAAAUAUAAACGCUGGAGUGAAAGUUAUGAAACGGCAGAAAUCAUGAAGACACCAAAGCAAGCCAUGAGUAAUUUAGUGAAUUUUCGUGUUUGAAGUUUUCCGCUAUCGGAAUAAGUUUUUUCCUGCAUGAAAGAAAUUACGGUGAAAUCCUUGAAAAACGGUUUCGAAAUUUGAACUGAAGAACCGAUCUUUUGCCCACUCAAACCAUAAUCACCAUGAACAGUAGUUAUCAAAACGUUUUCGGACAAAAGUCGUCGUCUGUGCCCUAUAAAAAGUUUACUGCGAAGGAAAGCUUUGAGCGCAGAACUAAGCUAGAAAGCGAAGACAGAACAGUCCGCUGGAACGAGCAAAAGGGAGUUUGAACAAGUAAAAAAGUGAAAGGAUAAUGCUAUUGGCACAACCGACGUGCUGAGAAUUUCGAAAAAUAAGCUGCUCCUACGCCCAGUAUCGCUGUUCCGGGUUCUAUACUAGACAAUGCUCAAGAACUUCGCCGAACCUAUCUUGUCGAAUAAAUAGCUCGGGCAGUUUGUAUCUUUCAGACGGAUAAAAUUAUUAUUAUCGAUGACUGUGGAAGCUCUAACGAGGCUACGGACAGAAUGGGUACGAUUGAUACGGCACAAGGAAGCACUUCUGCUAGACGCUGCUGUGUACAAUAGACUCGAAUUCUGCAAUAUCUUGAAUGCCCGCAAUAUCCACGCAAAUCUAUUUUUCCAAUGCAUACACUCAAACACUACGGAUAGGUGAAUCCACUGGACUCGCAUCAUCAUCUGCGGCAGGCCAGCGAGUUGGAGUUCUGCGGAAGAAUUGUGAAUUGUGGAAGAGAAAAAGGUUCAUCAGAUUCUCUGCAAGGAAAAAACUGAAAUUCGUGGUCGUUUUCGGUGGGGUUUUUGGUCUGGGGCCUGCGCUGGUAAAAUGACGUUAAAUUAAAUGUGGAUAAAGUGGAGCUCCUUUUCGAUCAUUAUGUUAACACAGUCCCUGGGCAAGGGUCUAGAACCGUGCGUACAGAGGAAGCGGUUCUGAUUAUUUUGGCUGCACUUGGAGAGAAGCUUAACCCAACGAACCAUUCGAAGAAGUUUACACAUGUUGAUGCUAUUCCACAAAGUCAGGAUACCGGGAUACAGCAGUACGCUUUUAUUGAGAAAAAGGAAAAACCAGUUCCGGAAGCAUCUGUAGUGGCGAAUCAAUCUGCCUCAGGCGAUUUGUUGCGGUUUGAAUGAGGCAACGGCAUGAAUAAGAAAUAAAAGGACUGGAGAAAAUUUGUACGCCCAUCCUGUUUAAAGUGAACUCUCUGCGCCCGGCUAAAGCAAUUUGGGAGUACCGAAUUUCGGCUAAAGGUUGAGCAGAAUGCAGGAACAGAGGAAGCAGAGGACGAACAUUAGAAAGCUCGAGCUUUUUCAACAGUUGUACCCGGAUUGUCUUUUGCUUGCUUGAGCCCAGGCUCUGGUCGGUCGGACGAUUUGGAAGAGAGACUGAAAAAGCUACCAGACAUCGGCUCUGAGAAAAUUCCCCUUCUGUAAGCGCGCAUGGGAGUUCGGACACCAAGAAUAAAAUAAAAUAACGACCAAUAAAUUGUUUUUAUAAAUAUUAUUUUUCAUUCAUUCCAC